GAAGUGCCUCUAUUGGACAAUAAACCUGCUUGUACCUGCAUGAAACCUGAGAUUCAAUUGGACUUGCUCCUGCAGUGAAAUUAGACAGAGAGGCAGACAGAGAGAGAAGGAGGGGCGGAAGGGAUGUCCCACUCGGGACGGCUGUGAAGUAUCUCUUGCUCUCGGCAUCAGUGACCCACCUUGUGAUACAACUGCAACGAGUCGACAUGGCGUCUCCGAGGCACUACGGUCGGUCCUCUGUGGACAUAGCCAAUGUGAUGCAGAAGCUGCAGGAUGAGCAAGAAGCCGUGCAGAAGAGAACCUUCACAAAAUGGAUCAAUUCUCAUUUAGCAAAGCAUAAACCGCCACUAGAGGUGAACGAUCUUUUUGAGGACAUUAAGGAUGGGGUGAAGCUCUUGGCGCUGCUGGAGGUCCUGUCUGGCCAACGACUGCCCUGUGAGCAAGGCCGCCAGCUGAAAAGGAUUCACUGGGUUUCCAACAUCGGCACUGCACUCAAGUUCCUCGAAGGCAGAAAGUCUCUGUACCGAGGAUCACCGAUCAAACUCGUCAACAUCCAUGCCACUGACAUUGCCGAUGGGAGGCCGUCCAUCGUCCUCGGUUUGAUAUGGACCAUCAUCCUCUACUUUCAGAUUGAGGAGUUAACCAGCAACCUGCCAGCUCUACAGGCGUUAUCCAACAGCAACUCGUCCGUGGACAGCACAGCCAGCUGUGAAACAGGAAGUCCUCCCAUGAAGAGGAAGGUCACCAACAAAUUUCAGGGCAAUGCUAAGAAGGCUCUGCUCAGAUGGGUGCAGUGCACAGCCGCCAAGGAUUUUGGAAUCGAGGUGAAGGACUUUGGGUCCAGCUGGCGUAGCGGCGUCGCUUUUCAAGCGGUAGUGCACGCCAUCAGGCCCGAUCUGGUGGAUAUGGAAGUGGUGCGGCGGAGGAACAACAGGGAGAAUCUGGAGGAAGCUUUUGCUCUCGCAGAAAACGAGCUGGGCAUUCCUCGCCUGCUGGAUCCUGAAGAUGUGGAUGUCGACAAGCCGGAUGAAAAGUCCAUCAUGACUUACGUGGCUCAGUUUCUCAAGCAUUACCCAAACCCCCAACACUCCGAGGGUGACGGACAGCAGGACGAGCUGCUUCUCGGCUCUAUUCCGACUUUUGCAUUGUCAGUGUCAGUACUGCAGUUUGUUCCUCAAGAUAUAGAGCAAAUGCUUGAGAGGGAAGAGAGGAAGAUGCUCAGAGAGCUGAAGGUGUUUUUGGAUCAGCUGGAGAGAGACUUGCUGCGAGCCCAGGCUACAGAAGGAAGCCUCACUGACAAAUACCAGGCAUUUAAAAACUUUCAUGUUCAGUAUGAAAUGAAGAAGAAGCAAACGGAUCAGCUGCUCCAACCUGUUCACAAGGAAGGCAAACUGUCAGUGGACCAAGCUCUGGUCAAGCAGGCCUGGGACCGCCUGUCUGCCCGGCUGUUGGACUGGCACAUUCAUCUGGACAAGUCUCUGCCCGGGCCGCUGGGCGUGAUUGGAGCCUGGCUUCACAGAGCGGAGAUGGCUCUGCGAGAGGACAUCCCCCUCCAACAUGUUCACGAAGAAACCGCCAACGUUCUGCACAGAAAACUGGAGCAGCACAAGGAAGUAUUGAAAAGCCUGGAGUCCCACAGACAGACUUUCACGCAGAUCCACAAGGACAGAUCAGUGAACGGGGUGCCAGUGCCGCCCGAGCAGCUCCAGGACAUGGCAGAAAGGUUCAACUUUGUGUCAACUUCAUCACACUCUCACUUGAUAAAGCUGGAAUUCUGGGAAAUAAAGUACAGACUGAUGGCGUUUCUGGUGCUGGCGGAGGCUAAGCUCAAGUCCUGGAUUAUAAAAUAUGGCCGACGGGAGUCAGUCGAGCUCCUGCUGCAAAGCUACCUUAGUUUUGUUGAAGGCCACAGGUUUUUUGACCAGUAUGAGAUCAUCUUCACAGCCCUGAAACAAGCUGCAGAGGUUUAUGUGAAGUCUGACAGCUCAAGGACUAAAACCUGUAACAAAGUCGAUGAAGCAGAGGGCGUGAGCAAAUUCCUGACUGAAACGACGGCUCAGUGGAAGAACUUGGCGCUGGAGGUCCGAAGUGUUCGCAGCAUGCUGGAAGAGGUGAUCUGUAACUGGGAGAAAUACAGCAGCACCGUGGCAUCACUGCAGGCCUGGCUGGAGGACGCCGAGCAAAUGCUCAACAGGUCGGAGGGCGCCAAGCGUGAUUUUUUCAGAAAUCUCUCUCACUGGAUCCAGCAGCACAUGGACAUGAACGACGCUGGGAAUUUUCUCAUUGAAACAUGUGACGAAACCGUCUCUCGAGAUCUAAAGCAGCAGCUUCUUCUGCUGAAUGGGAGAUGGAGAGAGCUAUUUGUCAAAGUCAAACAUUAUGCAAGAGCAGAUGAGGUGGAUAAACUGAGGCAAGACUAUCAAGACGGGAUUAAUACCUUAAAGAUGUUCAUGGAUGCCACCAAUGAGAAGAUGACCGCUCCUGUUCAAGUGUCUUUCCUCAACGUCAGAGCCUUCGUUCAAGACGUCGAGGAAAUCAAGCACAAAGUGCCAGCGAUGGAAGCGGCCUCCAAGGCAGCAAGCCGCACAGCUCAGCUGUUGACCAAAGACACUCCGCAAGAGGAGAUUUCUCAAAUGAUGGCUGUGAUGGCUUUGAUCAAAGAGCAGCUCAGUAAAGUUAGGGAGAGAUGUCUGCCUCUGCUUAGGGAGUCUCAGUCUCUCUUACCUCCACUGGAGGAAAUGGAGAGGAACAUCACCGGCUUCUACCAGGCUCUGGAGAAGGCCAGUCGUAUCACCAGCACCACCGACUCUGAGGGACCAGUAGAUUUUAAGCAGAAAUGCCAGGAGCUGGCAACCUUCACACACAGCUGUAAGAAGUGCCUGACGGUAAUAGAAAGAAACCACCAAACCAUCCAAAAAGUGAUGAGCACCAGUAAAACGCUCCAGCACAUGGACAUGAGUCUGCUGCAGAAACGAGUGGCAGACCUGCAGACUUCGUCACAGAACAUGAUUAAGGAAUCUACAGAAUGGCGAAAGCACGUGGAGGCAAACAGCAGCCUGAUGAAGAGGUUUGACGAGUCACGAGUGGAGCUGGAAAAGGUUCUGAAAAUGGCACAGAGCUGUCUGACGGAAAGAGGCAACCCUGAGGAGCUGCUGAAGAAACACACCGAGUUCUUCGGACAGCUCGACCAGCGGAUUUUAAAUUCAUUCCUUAAGGCUUGUGAUGAGCUGACAGACAUUUUACCCGAGCAGGAGCAGCAGUCGCUGCAGGAAACGGUUAGAAAGCUCCACAAACACUGGAAGGACAUUCAGACGGACGCCCCGUUUCAUCUCCUGCACCUGAAGGUGGAGGGCGAGAGGAGCAAGCUGAUGGCGUCGCUGCAGGAGUGCCAGGCAGAGCUGACCAGGGAGAACCGGCACCUGGCCAACAUGGGGAGUGAGAGGCUCAUCAAGGAGCACAGGGUGUUUUUUAGGGAGAAGGGCCCUCAGUCCAUCUGUGAGAAACGGCUACAGUUGAUGGAGGAACUCUGCCAAAAGCUGCCGGAGGCCGACCCGGCUCACCAGAUCCUGGAAACAGCAAGAAGGGACUUCGCCGAGGUUCAGGAGGAAAUUGGGAAUACUCAUCAGAAGUUAAUGCAGCACCAAGAUAAAUGGAAAGAAUAUGAUGCAAGGUACGCUGAACUCUCGUGUUGGCUUAUAUCCAAAGAAAGUCAGCUGAGGCUGCUGAGGAACCGAGCCAGCGACCCCAGAAAGUACAACCAGGUGAAAACGACCAUAACGGAGCUGAGAAAUGAUGCAGAGCUCCAGGAGGGGAACCUUGCUUGGCUGAAAGCCCGUAUGGCUGUAUUAAUCGAAAUCUGUGCUGACAGUGAUGCCCAAAGGCAGGGAAGCACUCUGAGCAAGCUCUCUGCUGAUUUUAAAGGUCUCCUUGCCUCUCUCUUUGAGGCUGAGAAGAUGGUGCUUGCAGUGGGGGACUGUGUGCAGUUCAGAGAGGAAGUACAGACGACCUUGGAUGACCUGGUUCAAGGGCAGAAAGAAGCACAGGCCGAGGCGACCAAAAUCCUGGACUGUCCUACUUCCAGAGAAGCCCAACAACUUCUGCUUGUUCAUCAGCAACAGUUAAAGCGCCUAAAGCUGAAAAGGAAGGACGUCCAGCAGCUGAUCACCAGAGGUCAGCAGCUCCAGUCUGAGGAGGGGCUGGGAGAGACUCUGCAGCAGGACAUGCAGAGCUUAGAAAACACAGUGAGCAAAAUGGAGCAGAGUAUGGACUCGCAGGAGCAAAACCUGGAGGUCACUCUGGCUGCUUGGCAGGAGUUUGACAGUCAGCAGGAAGCAGUGAACGAGUUUGUCAACAAAGCCCGCUCCACAAUAGACAGAGAUCUGAAUUUCAGCAGCCCAGAGAGCCUCGCCGUUGAGCUGGACCAAGCAAACGUGAUGCUGAAGCAGUGCGAAGCGGAGGUCUUACACAUGAACACCUUGUUGAAGAGAGCGACAGAAAUACAACUUGGUCCAAAAAACAAAUCUCUGCUUCUGCAACAAGCUCGUUCGCUCAGCGAGCAGGUGGACAAAGUAGACACCGGCCUGAAGAAAGAGGUCAAGAGCCUGGAAGAGAUGAAAAGUCAGUGGGAUCGAUUUAGAGCCGGAUUUGAAUCGUUUUCUUCGUGGAUAUCUGAAAAGGAGAAACAGCUAGAUGUAAUAAAAUCAUCUAAUUUGUCUCUUGAGGAGCAGAUCAAAGCACUUAAGGGUGUCGGAGCAGAACUUCAAGACCGAGCCGAGUUCCUGUCGCAGCUGGAGACGGACUCCCAGGCACUGGCCCAGUUUGUGUCUUCGGGCGAGGCGGCUCGCAUUAAAGCCCGUCUGACCCAAAUUGGCAGGUACUGGGAGGAGCUGAAGGAGAGCGUUCAGACGCUUGACGGGCAGCUGGAGGAAAGCUCCUCUCACCAGCAAAAGUUCACACUGAACCUGAACGAGGUACAAGCGUCUCUUCGUGAGCUUCAUGCAAAACUGGAGAGUCCCGUUAAAUCCUGCACUUCAUCAUCUGAGACUUACAAAGCCCUUCAGAGCCACAUGGAUGCCUGUCAGUGCCUGGAGCAGCUGAAGGGCAACUUACUGUCGCUGUCAGCUAGUGCCAGACGAAUCAGUGACAAGGAGCAUGCGGUUCGGGCCGUGACGGAGCUGAACACCAGCUACCAACAUGCCCUGGAGGAAGCAAAGGACAAGCAGAGCACUUUGGAAAACCUUCUAUCUACCUGGCAAAAGUUUGAGAAGCAGCUGUCAAACUUUGUGUCCUGCUUGGAGAGAAGUGAGUCUGCAUCCAAACCUGAAAAUCACUGUCUGUCUGCUGACAAAGCCAAACUGCGCACCGAGAUGCAAGACUUGCAGGCUCUGCAGGUUGAGGUAGAGUCCCUUAAAAAGGCCCAUGAAGACCUGGCCUCUCUGGGAACGUUGUUAUAUCCCACAGCACCUGAAAAAAAUGUUACGAAGCUAACAGAUGAGCUGGGGAAGCUGCAGCAAAGACUGCUUGUCCAACAGGAAGUCAUCCCUCAGAGAAUCACAGAGCUGCAGAGCCAUGCGUCGCUGGUGGAGCAGUUUGACCAGGCUCUUCUUAAAUUCUCUGAGUGGAGUGAGACCGUACUCUCAAAUCUGCACACAGCUUCUCAGAUCAACAUCGGCAAUCUGCAGGGAUCUGCCACUCAAGUAAAGGAGACACAGUUGGUCCUGCAAAAGAACUCCAGCGUGAAGCAAAGCUUAGAGGAGCAGACCGAGAAGCUCUGCAAGAUCUGUGAGCCCACUGAUGCGCAGCUCCUCCAUAACAGAGUAGAAAGCUGCCUCCAGUCCUACCAUGAGGCUCAGUGUCUAGCUGAGCUGCAGCUGGAGUGCCUGGAAAAGCUGGAGGCCUUCCUGCAGACCCAUGGCGAGGUGGCAGGAGUGCUGCGUGGUCUCAGGCAGACGGUGGAGAGCGCCGGGAGCUGGGACCGUGGAAGGGUAGAGGAGCUGCAGCAGGAGCUCGCUGCCAUUAUUCCUGACAUCAGUGAGCUGGAGUCCUCUGCUGUCAAUCUGGACAGCAGCCUCUGCAAAGGUCACCUCCACAUCGGAGCCGAAGAGGGUUCUCGCAGGUCCUGCCGCAUGCUGGCCGAUUCGCUCAGCGCCGAGUUGGACACGGUGAGGAACUUGCUCGGUACGAAGCAAAGCGAAGCCGAGGCCUUGGGUGUGCUGUGGACUUCGUUCAGGCAACGGAAAGAGCAGCUGCUCAAGGCUGUGGAAGACAUCGAGGAAAAAGCCGACCACCAGGCCUUCAAAGAGCCCAGCUUGCAUGGGCUGCAGCAACGACUUCGGUUCUUUAACCAGCUAGAGGAUGAGCUUCAGUCACACCAACACGAAGAGCAGUGGCUGAGGGACAAGGGCAACCAGCUGGCCCAGAGAGACGCAGAGCUGGCCGGGGAGGUUUUGAGGGAAAUUAGUCUGCUGGAGACGACGUGGGAGGACACAAGGAGGCUCAUAACAGAGAGACAAGAGCAGUGUAAUGUUCUUGCUGAGCUAACAAGAGAUUACCAAACCCUGAAAACCAGCAUCGGGGGCAUUGUUGAGAGUGCAGAACCUCUGGUGGACAUAAGCUCAGUUCUGAAGGACUAUGAGGAAACCAAGAGAUCACUAACCAAGCAUGAAUCACUGAAGGCAGAGAUGAGUGGGAAGCAACAAGAGCUGGACCAGUUUUCAGUCAAAGGAAAACAUCUUGUGACUGAACUGAAGAAGAUCCCGGACUGCGACAGUGAUAUGAUAAAGAAAGACAUGGAGAAAACUGUUGAUCACUGGCUGGAUAUGUCUGAGAAAAUAGAGGACAACAUCGAUCGCCUCCAUCACAGUUUGGACCUGUGGGGCGACGUGCGCAACCUGAAUGAAGACAUCGAGAGUUGGACUAGCAGCUGUGGGAUCGAACUCAAUGAGAUCCUGAACAACUUCAGCAACAGUCAGAAGGUCUCAGCAAGACUCUCUGGGCUGCAGGGAGAAAUUAGAGAGAAGGAGCAGAAACUUGAACUCCUCCAAAACAAAGUGUCUGAGCUGACAAAGUGCUAUCAAAGUGAAGACACUCCAGCUAAACUGCAGGUGUUGGAGACAGACCUACAGAAGAAGAUCAGCACUGUUCAGAUGCUGCACGAGCAGGUCAGAGGAAACCUCACUGACUUCACGUCCCAGCGUAAACAGCUAGAAGACUACAUCUCGCAGAUGUCUGCGUGGCUAAAAAGCAUGGAGGACUCUUUGGUUUCCUCUCCAACCGGAUCAGAUCCUGAGGACAUCUGCAGAGUAAAGGACCUUCUGAAAGAGCUUCAAAAUCAGCAGGGGAGCAUCGAUUCGACCAGGGAGAGCCUCAACAACCUGUGCAGAAAAUAUCCUUCUGAGGAGCUGGCCGGCUUGGGGUCGUCUCUCACCGACCUCAUCAAGACUUACGAGUCUGUGAACCAGCUUUCUGCCAGGACUCUGAACUCACUACAAAACUGCCUUCAGCAACAGUUCAAUGACCUUGUCCAGGAGUUUCAUCGCUGGCUUUCAGAGCAAAGGGAGAUUGUGAAAGAAUGCUCUGAUCGAUCAGGAGACACGCAAAUAGUGGAACGUAAGCUGCAAAAGCUUAAGGGCGCGAUGGAUCGCGUGGAGGAAGGUGAGAUAAGACUCAAGCAAGUCUGUGAGGAAGGAGAGAAACUUCUUCUUCAUCUUCCCAAAGCCAGCGCUGGGCAGGUCCAGCAGCACCUGUCCUCCAUCCAGCAGGACUGGGACAGCUUUGUGGAGCAGUGCAAGCAGAACCAGCAGAUCCUUGAGGACAGCGCGUCCCUCAUGAAAGGGUUUGAGGGUCACCUCAAGAAACUCAGGUGGUGGUUGGAGCACAUGGAAAGCCGAAUGACUACAGAUCUACUGGAGGCCAAACAGCGUGGAUCUGAAAGGGCUCUGAUUGAGCAGGUGGAGGAAUACCAACAGGAAGUGCUCAAAGAAAGGGAUUCGUUUGAGCGCCUCUGUCAGGAAGGACAGGCUCUGAACGAAGGCGGACGAGGAGACGGCAGCGAGACGAGAGUCUCUGCUCAUCUGCAGUCCCAGCACCAGGCCCUGUUGAGGUGUGUGAGGGAGAGGCUGCGCAGUUGCCAGCUCACUUUACAAGAACAACAAGCGUUUGAAGAGACCCUGCAGACUACCUGGGUCUGGCUUAACGGCGUGCAGGAGCGUCUGGCUUCGCUCAACAGCACCGUUGGCAACAAAGAAACUCUGGAAAAAAGGCUAGGUCUCAUCCAGGAUAUCCUGCUAAUGAAGGGUGAGGGUGAAGUGAAGCUCAACAUGACCGUAGGAAAAGGAGAGCAGGUUUUAAAACACAGCAGGAUUGAAGAGCAGGAGACCAUAUCUUCACAGCUCCAGAACCUAAAGGAUGCCUGGGCUAAUAUGCUAAUGACGGCUAUGAGUUGCCACAGUCGACUGGAGUGGACCGUGGCCCAGUGGAGCGCCUUUCAGGAGAACAAGAGCCAGCUGCAGCAGUGGAUGGAGUCAGUGGAGCAGGAGGUCGGGAUGACCCAGCCUCAGCAACCAGGCCUCAAAGAGAAGAGCGCCUUACUGGAGCGACUGAGGGCCGUCCAGGCCGACGUGGACACUCACACAGCAGCUCUGUCACACCUAAGUGAGAAAGCAGUGGAGCUGCACGAAAAAACUGGCGACCAGACGUUUGGGCCGGAGUCGAGGGCAGAGCUCCACACGCACUUUGCUGAUAUAUCAGCCGUCGUCAAGGGAAAAGUCCAGUCCAUGCAAAACAUCGUGUCUGAGCACGAGCAGUACCUGGACGCAGUGAGAGACUUCAACGACUGGCUCGUCUCAGCCAAAGAGGAGCUUCAGCGUUGGUCUGACCUGUCAGGAGACUCCGUCAACAUUAGACGAAAGCUGUCCAAAGUACAGGAGCUUCUCGACUCGAAGCAGAGAGGCAGGGAGAGACUGAACCGCGUCCAGAGAUACGGGGCAGUAGCGAGGGAUUACACGGGUUCAGGCGGCUACGAGGCGAUGGAGCGAGAGGAAGCAGCGCUCCUGUCGUCAUGGGAGCAGUGGGAACGCGCGGCUCUGCAGACACGUGCCAGUCUGGAGACGUCGCUCUCACAGAUAUCGAGCUCUGAGCAGGAGUUCAGCAGUCUGUCGGCGCAGCUGGAGCAGGACCUGCAGGACUUCAGCCGUCAGCUGCAGGGUUGCCGACUUCGACUUUGCCAGGCAGAGAAGAAAAAUGAGGGAGAGGAAGCAGUGAAAGGCUGGCAAAUGGCAAAGGACACGUUGGACGAACUGGUCAAAGCUGAGGCCAUGUCUGACCGUCUGAAGACUCAGCUCAAUGAUCUGUGCCGAUUCUCCAGGGAAAUGGCCACUCAGUCUGAGAGAGUCUCUGCCCUCAUUAAGGACUAUAACAGUUUGAGUCUCCAAGCUACCAGAGAGUGUCAGAGCAAAGAGAAGGCGCUGGAUCAAGGCUUCCGCUCGGCUUUCAGAGAAUUUCAACAAUGGUUGGUUAACGCCAAGAUCAACACCGCCAAAUGCUUUGAUGCUCCUCAAAACCUCGGUGAAGCCUCGUCUAGUUUCCAGAAGAUUCAGGAGUUUCUUAAUGACAAAGAACAAGGUCAGUCAAAGCUGAAUGCUGUGAUUGCAAACGGAGAGCUCGUCUGUAGCAUCGCAGCUAAAGACAAAACCGACGCAGUUCGGGGUAAAAUGAACACUGCCAGAGAAGACUGGAAAAACAUCAUGUCCAAUCUGCACAACCGAGAGACGAGUUUGCAAAACCUCAUUUCACAGAUGAAGGAUUUUGAGGCAAGUGCAGAACCUCUUCAGGAAAGCCUGAAUGCAACAGAGAUGGCUGUGCAGGAGAGCAGCACACGACUUCAUGACCUGACUGCAAAAAAGAUGGAGCUUCACAAGCUGCAGUCUGUGCUUGAAGACUUAGCUUCUCACGAAGUUCAGCUGAACAGGCUGAAAGAGAAGGCCCAGCUGUUGUGGGAUGAACACUCGGCCGGGAAGGGCUUUGUGCACCGUGUGUCGCAGCUCUCUGCUCAGUGCCUAGCUUUAACCAACCUUACUAAGGAGAAGGCUUCCCGCAUCGAUCGGAUCGUCACCGAGCACCAGCUUUUCUCCCAGGGGUUGGAGGAGCUUCAGAACUGGGUGGCUGACACCAGCCAUAUGCUACAGACUUAUAGCGCUCCAACAGCUGACAAAAAUGUUCUUGAUAGCAGAAUGAUCAAGCUGGAGGCUCUGCUGACGGCUCGCCAGGAGAAGGAGAUCCAGCUGAAGAUGUUGAUCACAAGAGGAGAGUCGGUGCAGAGAAACACCUCCGCUGAAGGCAUGCCACUAAUCCAAAAACAGAUACAAGAGCUGAAAGACUCAUGGGAUGCCCUCCUCUCUGCUGCAAUUCUUUGCAAAAG